AUGCAGAGGGAGUCAUGCAGAGGGAGUCAUGCAGAGGGUGUCAUGCAGAGGGAGUCAUGCAGAGGGAGCCAUGCAGAGGGAGUCAUGCAGAGGGAGUCAUGCAGAGGGUGUCAUGCAGAGGGAGUCAUGCAGAGGGAGUCAUGCAGAGGGUGUCAUGCAGAGGGAGUCAUGCAGAGGGAGCCAUGCAGAGGGAGUCAUGCAGAGGGUGUCAUGCAGAGGGUGUCAUGCAGAGGGAGUCAUGCAGAGGGAGUCAUGCAGAGGGAGCCAUGCAGAGGGAGUCAUGCAGAGGGAGCCAUGCAGAGGGUGUCAUGCAGAGGGAGUCAUGCAGAGGGAGUCAUGCAGAUGCAUGCAGAGGGAGUCAUGCAGAGGGAGUCAUGCAGAGGAGUCAUGCAGAGGGAGUCAUGCAGAGGGAGUCAUGCAGAGGGAGUCAUGCAGGGUGUCAUGCAGAGUCAUGCAGAGGGAGUCAUGCAGAGGGAGUCAUGCAGAGGGUGUCAUGCAGAGGGAGUCAUGCAGAGGGAGCAUGCAGAGGGCGUCAUGCAGAGGGAGUCAUGCAGAGGGAGUCAUGCAGAGGGAGUCAUGCAGAGGGUCAUGCAGAGGGAGUCAUGCAGAGGGCGUCAUGCAGAGGGAGUCAUGCAGAGGGCGUCAUGCAGAGGGGUCAUGCAGAGGGUGUCAUGCAGAGGGAGUCAUGCAGAGGGGAGUCAUGCAGAGGGAGUCAUGCAGAGGGCGUCAUGCAGAGGGAGUCAUGCAGAGGGUGUCAUGCAGAGGGAGUCAUGCAGAGGGAGCCAUGCAGAGGGAGUCAUGCAGAGGGAGUCAUGCAGAGGGAGUCAUGCAGAGGGAGCCAUGCAGAGGGAGUCAUGCAGAGGGAGUCAUGCAGAGGGUGUCAUGCAGAGGGCGUCAUGCAGAGGGAGUCAUGCAGAGGGAGCCAUGCAGAGGGCGUCAUGCAGAGGGAGUCAUGCAGAGGGCGUCAUGCAGAGGGUGUCAUGCAGAGGGAGUCAUGCAGAGGGCGUCAUGCAGAGGGCGUCAUGCAGAGGGUGUCAUGCAGAGGGUGUCAUGCAGAGGGCGUCAUGCAGAGGGUGUCAUGCAGAGGGCGUCAUGCAGAGGGAGUCAUGCAGAGGGCGUCAUGCAGAGGGUGUCAUGCAGAGGGAGUCAUGCAGAGGGAAUCAUGCAGAGGGAGCCAUGCAGAGGGAAUCAUGCAGAGGGUGUCAUGCAGAGGGAGUCAUGCAGAGGGAGUCAUGCAGAGGGUGUCAUGCAGAGGGAGCCAUGCAGAGGGAGUCAUGCAGAGUGAGUCAUGCAGAGGGCGUCAUGCAGAGGGUGUCAUGCAGAGGGAGUCAUGCAGAGGGAGCCAUGCAGAGGGAGUCAUGCAGAGGGCGUCAUGCAGAGGGAGCCAUGCAGAGGGAGUCAUGCAGAGGGCGUCAUGCAGAGGGUGUCAUGCAGAGGGUGUCAUGCAGAGGGGAGCCAUGCAUAGGGAGUCAUGCAGAGGGCGUCAUGCAGAGGGCGUCAUGCAGAGGGCGUCAUGCAGAGGGCGUCAUGCAGAGGGCGUCAUGCAGAGGGAGUCAUGCAGAGGGUGUCAUGCAGAGGGUGUCAUGCAGAGGGAGCCAUGCAGAGGGUGUCAUCUAG